CUCCUGAGGUAGGCGCAAAGGCUCAAAAGCCAUUGGCGGAAUUGUCCACUGCUCACCCCCGCCCCCUGGAGGGGGGGGCGGUAAUGACAGCGUCCCAAUUUCCGGUUCCGGCAGUACCGAAAGCUGAUUCGAGAUGGAGGAAGAUGCAACCGGAGGCCGGCAGUCCCUGGGAAUGGAGGAGAGCGUGGGGCAUGCAGCCUAGAAGUCUGGGCUUGGAGUUCGCCUCAGACGCGGUGGAGCCCCCGGGGUCUGAACAGUUGCUCUGACCCUCUGCCCUGUAGAACACGCAGUUUGCAUGUGCCGGCCAGGAGGCCCUUCUACUUGAGCCCUGCUGUAUUUGUCCUGUGUUGACAGUGUGACUGCUCAGCCACUAAGUUCAGUCACUUCACAAACACACUGGGAAAGCAGAGGCAGCUCUUGGUUUCUCUGUAACAAAACUGAGAGAAGUCCCUGAGCAUCUGUAUGGCCAGGAGUUUAUGCUUAACCCUGGGGUGACCUGCAUUCACGAGAACAUUAAUUCUGCCUUCCAGGAGUGGGAGUCACUUGGCUUUAAACAGUGUCUUGUGUUAGAAUUCUUCAAGCCCCAUGGGUUAGAAGACUGGAGAAAAUACUAUAGAAGUGGAGCGAAUGCUGGCCAGGGGAGCUCAGAGGGUUUAGCAGGGAACCUAGAAGUGAGAUGAGUCAGCUGGUAAAUGGUGAUAAGAAGCAUCCUGCUGAGAAUGAAAGGGAAAGGUGAUACCUCCUCCGUGGGCCCAGGACCAUCAAAGAUGGAGCACUCCUUUUCAGCUUCUGGAAACCUUCUAAAUCUUACAUAUCAAUAGCCUACUUAAAAGACCCUGCAUCCUGCCAGGGGUUUGGUUUACCCACAGCAUCCUGAGCUCUGCCUGGGUGAGGCAAACAAGGAGAAUGGUCCCUGGCCAGGAUGGUGACACCAGGACCCAAGCCCAGGUAGAGACCAAGAGUCAAGCUAGAACAUCCUUUAAGCUGGGGGUCUGUAGUUACAAUGGAGGACAAACGCAACAUCCAGAUCAUAGAAUGGGAACACCUGGACAAGAAAAAGUUCUACGUGCUGGGUGUGGCAAUGACAAUGAUGAUCCGGGUCAGUGUCUAUCCGUUCACUCUCAUCCGCACACGGCUGCAGGUUCAGAAGGGCAAAAGCCUCUACCAAGGGACCUUUGACGCCUUUAUCAAGAUCCUGCGAGCAGACGGUGUGACUGGCCUCUACCGGGGGUUCCUGGUCAACACCUUCACUCUCAUCUCUGGCCAGUGCUAUGUCACCACGUAUGAACUAACCCGGAAGUUUGUAGCUGACUACAGCCAAAGCAACACAGUCAAAUCUCUGGUGGCCGGUGGCUCAGCUUCCCUCGUGGCCCAGAGCAUUACAGUGCCCAUUGAUGUUGUGUCUCAGCACCUGAUGAUGCAGCGCAAGGGUGAAAAAAUGGGCCGCUUCCACGUGCGGGGGGACCCAGAAGGACAAGGGGUAGUUGCCUUUGGCCAAACCAAGGACAUCAUCAAACAGAUCCUGCGGGCUGAUGGGCUUCGCGGCUUCUACCGAGGUUAUGUAGCUUCACUGCUUACCUAUAUCCCAAACAGUGCUGUCUGGUGGCCCUUCUAUCACUUUUACGCAGAGCAGCUCUCCUACCUGUGUCCAAAGGAGUGCCCUCACAUUGUCUUUCAAGCUAUCUCGGGUCCUCUAGCUGCAGCCACUGCCUCUAUCCUCACCAAUCCCAUGGAUGUCAUCCGAACCCGUGUGCAGGUUGAGGGCAAGAACUCUAUCAUCCUGACCUUCAGACAACUGAUAGCAGAAGAAGGGCCUUGGGGCCUCAUGAAGGGCCUCUCGGCUAGAAUCAUCUCAGCCACACCUUCCACCAUUGUCAUUGUUGUGGGCUACGAGAGCCUCAAGAAACUCAGCCUCCGACCUGAGCUAGUGGACUCAAGACACUGGUAACCAGCGAUGGGGAGAGAAGCCUGUUCUUCUCCACACUACUCUGGGUUGGAGGCAGAAGGGGGAGGAUUGUACCUUCUCCAUGUGCCCCCACUGCAUAUUGAGCCCUGCCCUGGAUCUGGUGGCCUAUCUGGGACAGCAAUGGAAACUUUGUACUGCUCUUGCUGAAGAGGAUCCAUGCCUGGAUUCCUUGCCCCCACUAUUUUUAAUUCUCCUGCUGAGCUGGGUACCUUCACUCAGUCCCUGUUUUCCAUCCUGCCCUAAGGACCCUACCCUGUUAACCCUUUUUCUGGUUUACUUGUUCCAUCUGUGUCCCUGAGAGUCUGAGAAGAGCUGUACAUACAACCUGCUUCCACCACUGGUUCUUCACUUGGGCUUUGAGCCUAGGCUCCAAGCAGCUGCUGUAAGCCCCCUCCCUCUUCAUCUCUUAGGUUUGCUUAUUAUUUUGGGACUGAGCUGCCCACCAGACCACUCUGCUUUGCCCUGUCACAUGGGGAUAAGGUGCCAGGUAUUUUUGCAUAGGGAGCAGGAGCAGCAAAAAUUCUGGUUUUCCAGAGCACUUGUCUUCUCUUGGAAGGAAUUAAUAGAUUGAGGAGAAAUGUG